UUAAGAUGGCAGCUCUUCAACCUAGCCUGGAUGCAGCAAACACUAAGGACAGAUUCAAGGGGCGUGUAGCUAUAGUCACAGGGGGAGCCAGUGGUAUAGGCAGUGCAUGUGUACGACGAUUCUUGAAUGACGGAGCACUUGUUGCCUUCUUCGACAUCGACCAAGUUGCCGGGAAACAGCUGGAGGCUGAGCUCCAGGCGGCUGGCUUUGAGACGAAAUUUUACCAGGUCGACGUUUCCGACAGAGAGGCGUGCUUCAAGGCCGUUAGCCACGUAGCUAACCAGUACGGUGGCUGCAUCAACUUUCUUGUGAACUGUGCCGCGGUAUUCAUAUAUAAAGCUCUAGAUGCCGACACGUCCGACUGGGCACAAGUCAUGAGUGUGAAUGUGGCUGGAUACUCGAAUAUGGUACAGGCCUGCUUCCCUCACAUGAAGACAGCCCAACCUGACGCCAGAUCAGUCGUCAAUAUAGCUAGCAUCUUCGCCCACGUGUCAUCGUCCAAUAAGUGGACGUACUGUACCAGUAAAGGUGCCGUGCUGGAGCUGACCCGGUGUAUGGCACUGGACCUGGCCAAAGAUGACAUACGGGUGAACUCCGUGUCACCGGGAUCAAUAAAUACGGCAUCGGUCGCAAAAUUUUUCGCAGGCGAUGAAGACCAAAAGAAGUGGUUCGAGGGAUGUCACAUGAUGAACCGUCUCGGCGAAAGCGCAGAAGUUGCCGCCGCCAUUGUCUUCCUCUGCAGCAAAGACGCAUCCUUCAUCACUGGCGCUGAUCUCUCGGUAGAUGGCGGGUACGCAGCAGUAGGCCCUGAAAGGCAUGGGAAAGAUGGAGCCAAGUUUACUGGCACGAUCCCAAAGUAGAUGCUGCACAUGUCCUUCACUUAGAACUGAGCAAAGUUUAACUGUCCACUGGUCCGAAUGGUUCCUACCAUCUGCCCAUUGCCCUUCCAUUUUAGAAAAUAGGGGAGGACCAUCUCGCGACACCACGAAAUUAAAUCGUUGGUAGAAAAAUGAAUAGAAAAACGCCAAUAAAAUAACUGGUCCUUCUAUGUUUAAUGCCUUACAUAAUGCAUGGUUUAAAUAAUGCAAUGCAGAAUAACAAGAUACAGUACGAAAAGUAGUGCCUUAUUGGUUGUAAAGGUAUAUAUGGAGAGCGUAUAAUUGAUUAUUUAAAAUGAAUCCAAUGCUGUGUAUUGAGAUGAAUGUCAUAGUAAAAUGCUUAACAAUAACAAUAAUAAUAAAAGUAGUGCAAUUAGAAAGUCUCUUUGAGGUAAUUAUACUGUCACCUUAUAUUUCAGAGAUUAACACUUUUUAGUAGUUGUAUUACAGGCCGGCUUUAUCCAGACCCUUUUCCGUUGCAUAAGCCGUUCAAAGGACAGUUCACGGAUUAUCGUAUAUUACAAUGAACUUCUGCUAGUGUAAUCAAAGCAUGUUCCAUAUUUCCUUGACAAUGGUCAAAGAUAUUCUGUAUAGUUUUUCUACAACAAAUUUUAUUUUCCCUCGAGAAAUAAAUGUAACUCAUGAAACGUUGCACAA